AUGUGCAAUAAAACUAUCGUAAAAGAGUCGACGAAAAUUAGAAAACUAUUGGAAGCACCAGUCAUGGCCAUAACUAAAAAAAUGUUUAACUUAUCUUUUAAAAAUCACGAUGGAUGGGGUCUAGACAAUGUGUCAGCAGAUAAAAUGAAAUUGGAGCAAAUUAAACAAUCUUGCUUUGAGACAAGUGACAAUCAUAGCAAAUACAUCAGCACCGAUGAAGACAGUGAUUUAACUAAUUAUUGUCCUCGGACAUUUGAUGGAAUUGCAUGCUGGGACGACACUCCUGCCGGUGCAACUGCUUUUCAGAACUGUCCAUCGAUAAUCGUUGGUUUUGAUUCAAAUCGCUUGGCAUAUAAGAAAUGCGAAAACGACGGCCACUGGCUGUCGAGGGAUGGCGAAAUUGAUUGGACAGAUUAUACAAACUGUUACGACGUGAAAGAUCUAAGUAUCCAAGUUAACAACUUAUCCACAACCGGAUACGAUAUAUGUAUUAUCACUAUCUUGAUGGCACUAUUCGUUUCCUGUUACUACAAAAUUCUGCGUUGUCGACGGAUUCAUAUGCAUAUGAAUCUUCUUGGUGCGUUUUUAGUCAAUAAUUUUAUUUGGUGGAGAUGGUAUGGAACGAAAGAGAAUAAUACCGAUACUCUAGUGCAAAAUACGCCCUGCCAAUUUUUUGACGCGGUUUCUACGUAUACGAUGGUGUUGAACUACAUGUGGAUGGCCAUUGAAGGAGUAUACCUCUAUCUCUCCUUCAGGAUGUUCGACCUCAAUGAAAAUAUCACUCUAAGAGGAUGGCAUGCUCUUGGCUAUGCAACAGCGUUAUUUUUUGCACUUAACUAUGGUGCUGUCAGAUAUGUCUCGGGAAAUACAAUGAGGUGCUUGGCAGACCAUAGUCAACUCUUCUGGGUUCUCUUCAUGCCUGUCAUGAUCUCAAUGUUUAUUACGUUAUGGUCAACCAUUAGGGACCACAUCAUGAACAACGUUGAACAUGAUCAUAUAGUU